UAUAGCGCGGAGACAGGCGCGGGGCGGGGCAGCGCUCCAGGCCUCUCCUCUGCCCGCCGAGCCGAGGGCCGGGAGUUCGCUCUGAGGCGCUGCCUGGGCGCGCGUGUCGGGAUGUUCCGGGGCCGCAGCGCCUGGUUCUCGCAGAGCGUCAGCCGGGAGCUCCGCGAGUUGUGGGUGGCUGAAGGAGGAGUGAUUUCAACUCAUCAUGGUGCUGAUUACAUGUUCAGCAGUGAUGCUUCACACCCUGAUACACAGAGAAUACACGAGAGUCUAGAUUAUAUAGAGGGUAAAGCUACAGUUUUUCAUUCUUGUUAUCUCUCUGCAAAUGCAAGUGCCAGCUCUGAAAUGAAACAGACAGUGGCUUUGGGUCACUUCAUCCUUCCCCCUGCCUGUGUACAAGAAGAAAUUAGAAAAAAACUUGGUAGUUUUAUAUGGGAGCAGAUGAAUGAUUCUCUGAAGGAACAGCUUGAUGAAUUAUCACCAGUUGAAAUAAAGACUAGCAUAAAAGAGGAUGAGCAAAGAAUAAAGGGCAAAAAAGACCUGGAUGGAAGCAGUAAAGAAAAAAGAGUAUCAAAAACACCAGUGGGAGGGAAACUUGCAUUUUGUCCACUUCAGGAUUAUCCAGUGAACAACAUGGUGACAGGUUAUGUCUCUUCUAGUGAGAUGAAGAAAUACCUUGGGGAACUACAUGACUUCAUUCCUGGUACUUCAGGUUACUCGGUAUAUUGGGUUAAAAAUGAAAUGGACAUUUUCUCCGAUGUGAAAAAUAAAUUGAAAAGAAAACUAUAAAUGACAUUUAAAUGUAGCAUCUACAGGCUCCCCAGACAAUGUGCGAGGAGCGAGAGAGCUUGAUGACAAGACCAAGGAAAGCGGAGAUGUGAUGGCUGCACAUCAGAUCCCUGAAGCUGAUGGGCGGCAUUUUUUCAUCUGAGGUGGCUCUGAAAAAGCUGGAGAACGAGGAGGCAGAGAAGAAGAGACAGCAUGAGAGGGAAGAGAAACAAAGACAGUGCGCGGAGGAAGAGAAGAAGAGACAGCAUGAGGACCGGGACAGAGAACGACAGCACAAGGAACGCAUGCACCAGAGAGAGCUUGAAGACAA